GGUUUCAAUAUUCUCAAAAAUUCAACUCCCAAAAUAACCUAGGGCUUGAAAGUUGAAGCCGUCGAAAGAAAGAAAGCCGGCAGCGGCCCACCUCUCACUCCGGGCAUGAAGCAUCUGUAAUUAUAGAGUAUUCAGCUCUUUAGCCAGAUCUUCUUUUCUUGGGUUUGAGCUGCGUCUUUGAACAUAUGGAGAAAGAACUUAUCGAAUUGUUUGAAGCGGCAAGGAAGGCUGCAGAUGCUGCGGCAGCGGAGGGGGCUAGCUCUGGUGGAUCCGAGGAAGGUCGAUGUAUCGACGCAUUGAAGCGGCUGAAGAAUUUUCCUGUUACGAAGGAUGCUCUCAUCGCAACGCAGGUUGGAAAACGUGCUCGGCAUCUCACAAAGCAUCCUCGAGCAAAGAUCCAGAAUGUAGCUUUUGACUUGAUUGAGACAUGGAAAAGAGUAGUCAUUGAGGAAACAACUGGAAAUAAGAAAAUUGGAAGCUCAGAGGGUAAAAGUUCUGCAAAGGUCGAAAAGGUUGAGAAGGUCGAAAAGAAGGAUCCCAUGACUGUUGAGAAGGUGGGGAAGGUUGAAACUCCCAAGGCUGAAAGAAUUGAUCAGGGUGUGAGAAUAAAAACUGAGAAGACUUUAUUUUCUGAAACUGUCAAGGUUGAGAAGAUUGAGACUGUCAAGGUGGAGAAGAGUGGUAGGAGUGAGGUGAUUAAGUUUGAAAAUAUAUCCAAAGAAGAUAAGCAAGCUUCUGGAAUCAAGAAACUACCACAAACCCACAAUGGCCCUCCAAAACUGACUUCAGUGAUCAAAUGCAAUGAUGCUUUGCGUGAUAAGCUUCGGGAAAAUCUCGCAGAGGCCUUUUCCAGAGUUUCUAAAGAGGCCACUGAAGAUAUAAGGGAUGAAGUAAAUGCUUGUGACCCAAUCCGGGUUGCUGUAUCUGUGGAGUCUAUGUUGUUCGAAAAGUGGGGCCGGAGUAAUGGGACCCAUAAGUAUAAAUACAGAUCCAUAAUGUUCAACAUGACAGAUUCUAAAAACCCGGAUUUGCGGAGAAGAGUUCUUCUUGGAGAGAUCAAGCCAGAGAGACUCCUUGUGAUGACCCCUAAUGAGUUGGCUAGCGAUCAGAGGAGACAGGAGAACAACCAAAUAAAGGAGAAGGCUUUGUUUGAAUGUGAGCGUGGGGGCGCUGCAAAAGCCACAACAGAUCAGUUCAAAUGUGGUCGAUGUGGGCAGAGGAAGUGCACUUAUUAUCAAAUGCAGACACGGAGUGCUGAUGAACCUAUGACAACCUAUGUAACAUGUGUAAACUGCAACAACCAUUGGAAGUUCUGUUAGUUGUUUAUCUUCAGAGCUACCAUUCAUUUGGGACGGAUUGACUUGGAUGCUGAACUCUGAAUUCCAUUUUUAAUUUUUUAGAUUAUAUCAA